AAUUAAUUUUAUCUUCUUGUGCUAAUUUUUCGAGUGUAUUGAAUGAAAUUAAUUGUCGUUAUUCGUUAAUUUUGAGGCAAUGCGAAAUUCUUAAUUGCGAAUUUUGAUAAAAGUGUAAAAUGCGUGGCCGUCCGGGAAAAAGGUCUAGAAGUCGCGAUCGUAGGCGGUCAAGAAGCCGUGAUCGUGGCUAUGGUGGAGGUGGUGCAGGUGGCAAUGCCCGGCGUAACACAGCCGGGUCUAACCUACGUAAACCCAGAUGGGACCUCAAUCGUCUAGAACCCUUCAAAAAAGAUUUCUACAUUCCGAGCCUAAUUGUUUCAAAUCGUUCAGUAUACGACGUCGAAGAGUGGCGUAGAAGUAAAGAAAUUUCACUUAAAGGAAAAACAAUACCCAAUCCAGUAUUAACAUUCGAAGAAGGAAACUUUCCUGAUUACGUAAAUACAGAAAUACGUAAGAUGGGCUUCAAAACGCCUACGCCUAUUCAGUCACAGGGCUGGCCAAUCGCUCUUUCUGGCCGUGACAUGGUCGGAAUCGCAUCUACUGGCUCCGGGAAGACCUUAUCCUACAUUUUACCAGCAAUCGUCCACAUUAACCACCAAGCCCGACUGUUAAAAGGCGACGGUCCCGUUGCUUUAGUCUUGGCACCAACACGCGAGCUGGCCCAACAAAUACAGCAGGUCGCAAUAGAAUUCGGACAUUCAUCUCGCAUUCGAAACACAUGCAUUUUUGGCGGUGCUCCUAAAGGCCCACAAGCCAAUGAUUUGAUGGACGGUGUGGAAAUUGUAAUCGCAACGCCCGGCCGACUAAUAGACUUUCUGGAGAGCAACCGAACUAACCUGCGUCGCUGCACUUACCUCGUGCUAGAUGAAGCAGACAGAAUGCUCGACAUGGGUUUCGAACCCCAAAUUCGAAAAAUCAUCGAGCAGAUUCGGCCCGAUCGUCAGACACUAAUGUGGUCGGCCACUUGGCCUCGAGAGGUACAGUCUUUGGCCGCCGAGUUUCUCAAGGAUUACAUACAAAUUAAUGUCGGCUCACUUCAACUAUCGGCGAAUCAUAAUAUUUUACAAAUUAUCGACGUGUGUCAAGAGUACGAGAAGGAGGCUAAGUUGAGCACGUUGCUAAAGGAAAUUAUGGCCGAGACUGAAAACAAAACUAUAAUUUUUAUUGAGACUAAACGACGUGUUGAUGAAAUUACUAGAAAAAUGAAGAGAGAUGGAUGGCCAGCCGUUUGUAUUCAUGGAGAUAAAUCUCAACAAGAGAGAGAUUGGGUUUUGCAAGAUUUUAGAUCGGGUAAGGCACCGAUCCUCGUUGCGACGGACGUAGCGGCACGCGGUUUAGAUGUAGAAGAUGUAAAAUUUGUAAUCAAUUUUGAUUAUCCCUCAAAUUCGGAAGAUUACGUCCAUAGGAUCGGUCGUACAGGGCGUUCACAACGUACCGGCACCGCGUACACGUUCUUUACGUCUAUAAAUGCAAAUAAAGCCGCCGACCUUGUCGCGGUACUAAAGGAAGCGAAACAGGUUAUCAAUCCAAAAUUACAAGAAAUGGCUGACAACCGUAGCUGGAAUAACAGUGCUGGUAGCAGUCGAGGUCGAAACCGAUGGGGGCGCGGACGAAACCAAGCUCGGCGCUCACAUACACCCACAGUAUCGCGCUCCAGCUCACGAUCACCGCGGCGUCACAACAGAAGGGAUCGCAGCCAUUCCAAGGAACGAACAAGGCGAAGAAAAUCAUACAGUAAAAGCCGAAGUCGUAGUCCUCGUCCAAGCAAGUCAACCGCUCAGCCACCACAGUUACCUGCAGUAACACAACCACAGAGGGCGACGUUUCAAGCCAUGCAGCCUACGAAAGCAUACCCCACUGUUUCCACAACACAACAAUCUCAACCUCCCGUGACCGCUAAUGGGUGCACGGCACUACCGCCUCCACCCCUGCCACAGCCUAUGAAAACGUAUCAGGCGGUACCACAGCCGCCGAAGGCGUAUCAACCAGUCUCUCUUCCACUUCCGCAGCUUCCGAAGACCUAUCAAACGCAUCAGCCUCAACAAAUCAGCUAUCAGAAUCUGCUGCCGCCAGCAAUGGCACCGCAACCGUCUCAACUUGCUCACGGAUACCAAAAUAUACCUCCUCCGCCUCAACCGCAACUACCGAAAGGAUACCAGAACAUACCUCCACCGACGGCAUAUGGAUCCUUCCAAUUACCUAAUGGAAUGCCAUUCUACUCUGUUCCGCCUCCACCGCCACCUGUCCAACAAAAUGCGGGGAUGUUUUUCCCACCACCAGGCGGAUUUCCGUACGCUCCACCGCCUCCCGCGCCCCGUAACAUUACUAGUUUGUACUGGAACUCUUCACAGUCGUACAGUAAGUCAAACGGAUUUUACAAUUCACGCAGUAGUGGCAGUGAUGCUCCAAGAGGCAUGAAUAGUAUGGGCAAUCACGAUGGUGGCGGUCGGAUGGGUGGACAAGGAGGUCCCCGCGGAGGCGGCGGCGGCCAUAGCAUGGGCAAUGGAUACGGAAAUCACAGGGGUGGAGGCGGUCGGGGGUACGGCGGAAGUAGUGGUGGUGGAGGAAGUAGAUUUGGCACCCCGAGCAAGUUCGGUAGUAAUAAGAGUAGUACCAAUGGGAAUCGUUUGCGCAAACCCGAUUGGGACAUGAAAAACUUGAGACCAUUUAAAAAAGAUUUUUAUAUACCACAUCCGAUGGUCGCGAAUAGGUCUCAAUAUGAAAUUGAGCAGUAUCGUCGUGCAAAGCAGAUUUCUGUAGAAGGACGUGAUGUACCGAACCCAAUUCAACAUUUCGAAGAAGGAAACUUUCCGGACUACGUUAUUAACGGAAUUUCCAAGCAAGGAUACGAUACACCCACUGCAAUUCAAGCACAAGGGUGGCCAAUUGCCAUGAGCGGUAAAAACAUGGUCGGGAUCGCACAGACCGGUUCAGGGAAGACAUUGGCCUACAUUUUACCUGCAAUUGUCCACAUUAACAACCAACCUUCGGUUAUACGCGGCGAAGGCCCCAUCGCCUUGGUGCUUGCACCGACUCGCGAAUUAGCCCAGCAAAUCCAACAAGUAGCUACUGAGUUCGGAAACUCAUCCUAUGUCAGAAACACCUGCAUUUUCGGAGGUGCUCCGAAGGGACCACAGGCGCGUGAUUUGGAAAGGGGUGUCGAAAUUGUGAUAGCCACUCCCGGUCGUCUGAUCGAUUUUCUCGAAAGGGGCACAACCAAUUUGCAACGUUGCACCUACUUAGUAUUGGACGAGGCAGAUCGAAUGUUGGACAUGGGUUUCGAGCCUCAAAUUCGUAAGAUUGUCGAACAAAUCCGGCCAGAUAGACAAACUUUGAUGUGGUCCGCUACUUGGCCCAAAGAAGUUAGGAAAUUAGCUGCAGAUUUCUUAGACGAUUAUAUUCACAUUAACAUUGGUUCAAUGCAACUUUCGGCUAAUCAUAACAUUCUACAGAUUGUCGAUGUGUGCCAAGAACAGGAGAAGGAAACAAAAUUAAAUAAUUUAUUACAAGAAAUUGGCAACAAUGCAGAACCAGGCGCGAAAACGCUAAUAUUUGUAGAAACCAAAAAGAAGGUGGAGACGAUCACACGUAACAUUCGAAGAUACGGAUGGCCCGCGGUUUGUAUGCACGGAGACAAGAGCCAGCCGGAACGUGAUCACGUUAUGCGCGAGUUUAGGAACGGAAAGUGCAGCAUAUUAGUCGCGACUGACGUCGCCGCGCGAGGUCUUGAUGUCGAAGGGAUAAAAUAUGUGAUAAAUUUUGAUUAUCCAAAUUCGUCUGAAGAUUACAUUCAUCGAAUUGGACGUACCGGACGCUCAGACACUACAGGGACAUCAUAUGCUUUCUUCACUCCAAAUAAUUUUAAGCAAGCAAAAGAUCUAGUGGCAGUUCUAAAGGAAGCGAACCAGGUGAUAAAUCCGAAAUUAUCUGAAAUCGCGAGUCGCUGUGAUAGCUUUGGCGGUGGCAAAUCGGGAAGCCGUUGGGGUUACAGAAACAAUUUUAGAGGACGAGAAAAUACAGGACCCAGAAAUCACAUGCGGUAUGGCGGUGGAGGUAUGGGUAAACAAAAUGGAUAUUCUAAUGGAGCUUACUAAAUCUCUACAAGAAAACACACAUCAGUAUUUACUCAAUAAAUGCAUUCCACCUUCACAAGAGUGUGAUUGAGUUCUGACUUCAUUAUUGCGGUGACUUUUUGUACAUAACUAGUUCAUUUGUCUAGUUUAGAAAUUGAAAUUUUUAUUUCAUUGACAUUUUUGUAUGGAGUGUAUUGUUAGAUUAAGAUAUUAGUUUAUUUAUUCUUCCGUCGUUAGUAAAACUUAUCUCGUGUACAAUCUGUGUAGUGUAAAAUUAAUUUAAUGUACCUAUAUUGAUCUUCAAGUGCAAGGAUACCUAUAUUUAAUAGGUGUACUGGUUUAUGACUUCGAGUUAUUUGCAGUGUCGAUAUGAUCAUAUGCAAUAUAUUUCUCUUAAUAAACGUCGAUUAUCAGUUACCAGCGAAAUAUUUUGCGACUGAAUGUAUCUUCUCAAGGAUUAACACCCCAAAAGCUCUUCUUAUUUCAAUUGCACCUAUGUGUACUUUAAGUUGGUGAUCCUGUAAUUUUCCAUGUUUCUGAAGUGGAGAAGGCACAGGAAUUAUUUCCUUAUUGCCUUCCAGUUCUUCAUUUUGGAGUGUUAAGAUUUCUCAUUGUCAUAUUCGCUGGGUAUCCACAACGGUACAGUAAGAUCUUUAAAUUAGAAAUGUGCAUGUUCUAAAGCAUUGGGUCUUCCGGACUAAAAUGAAAGCUACAACUUUGAAGUGUAACAUUUGGAACCAAGCUCCUUCAGUGUUAUAGGUUCCUACAGUGGAUCAUAACUGUCUUUUUAAAAAGAUUGUCCUCAACGGAUUAACUAUCGCCAAGAUGUAUAAGGUGUUUUCGUCUUGAGCAUUUGCGUCACUGCGUAUGGAGUGUGGACCCUUUGAUUUGGCGUUUUUACAAGGAAUUCAAAUUUGUGGUUUCAGUGACUUUGAUAAAAGUAUGUUUAUAGUUUUUACAUUUAAGAUUACCAAUUUAUAUUCCUUGGGAAAAUGUGCUUCUAUUAAUAUUGUAAACGUUUGCCUGUACAUUGGUUUUUAAUACCAUUAAAAAAGUUUGAGAACAAA